UUGCUUAACGCAUAAAACUAGUGUUAUUGUUAACGUUUGAUCAGUACAUAACUGGUUCUUGAAGUACAAACUACUGAAUUUACGAAUUUAUUAUAAAACGUGCUUGAAAUAGUAGAUUAUCAUAAAGCGGAAGUGAUUGUACGGUUCUAAAACUGUGUUUGUUUUGAUUCGCUAGUGUUGGUAGCACUGAUCGUCCGAUUUUACGUCAGUACUCGAACUGUCAUCGAUCUAAUAAUACAAGCGAUUUUAAAUUAUUUGCCAAGGUUUAACAUAAUAUCUAGUGUAUAGAAAACUAUUGUACAGUGCAGUUACUUCAGCAGUGUUAUCUAGAAGCUCGAGAAGUUUCUGAAAUAAAUACUUUUAUAAAUAAAACUAAGUGCGUACGUGAGAGCAGACUCGAGUGAUAAGUUCGGAGAAUUUAAUACCUAGUGUUUUUAUUUAAGUUAUUACUUGAGUGUUCUUUGGGUGUUGAAAAUAGUAAUCAUGUCGUCGUUGGGUGGUCAGUGGCGUGCAAUUAGGCAUUAUUUGUCUAUGACGAGCUUGAAUACAGAAGUCGAAAAGCUGGUGCAAAGAAUAAAACCCGCUACACCAGAACAAUGGGAAAAUCUCAUAAAGAAAUUCGAAAAGGCAGUAUCUAGCCGUCUAUCACAAGUCGAACCGAAAACAAAAGCAAUUGAACAUACAGUACAAGCAACAACUGUGGAAGAAACAGAAAAAGUCUCUAAAGAAAAGAUUCCAAAUGAGAAAGAUGCGCUCACAGUGGGUUCGGAGGCUAAAGAAAUAACAUUUGAAGGUCUCUGGGAAGGAUUGAAACUGAAAAAGGACCUGCAUUUAGGCAAAAUGUCCGAACCUAGCUGGAAGUCUAAUAAGCCGUUGGUUACUAAGACCUCCAUCCAUUCCCGCACAGCGUACGUUAUAUCAGCGAUAGUGACAGCAGAGAAUCCAGAAUGCCUGCUCAAAAGGACAGAGCAUUUUAUCGAACAUUUACAGCAAUAUCCCGAAGCGAGAGAUUAUGCCAUCAAGGAAGGUGCCGUUCGUGCCUUAUUAAGGGUUCAACACAAAAUUAAAUCGGAUGAUAAGCCAGUCACUAUUGAAGUUAAAGGCAUUGUAAAUGAGGCUUUAGCAUUAAUGGGUUACACUGGCCCCACGAAAAGCAGGGGACCGAAUAUCCUAUCAAUAGAUGGCGGUGGAAUCCGCGGUAUUAUAGCUAUCGAGAUUUUGAGACAUUUGGAAAACUUGACGGGGAAGAAAGUGCACGAAAUCUUCGAUUAUAUUAUUGGUGUCAGCACUGGGGCUAUUAUUGCUGCUGUUAUAGCGAGCGGCAAUAACUUGGAGACAGCGAAUCAAAUGUAUCUUACGUUGUCAAAGCAAAUGUUUGGAAAUACUUCUCUCAUUGGAGGUACGUCUAGACUGGUAUGGAAUCAUUCGUACUAUGACACAGACGCAUGGGAGAAAAUGUUGAGGGAUAAUCUCAAGGAUUGUACACUUACAGAGUGCAAUCGAUACAAUGCGCCUAAAAUGUCGGUAGUAUCCUGCGUAGUAAACUCCGGUUCGAAACUUGCGCCGUUCCUAUUCCGUUCCUACGAAUGUGGGUUCCGUGUACGCUCCGUGUUCCCGGGCACAAGUCGGGCUGCGUUGUGGCAGGCGGUGCUAGCAUCAGCUGCUGCCCCUACGUACUUCACUGAGUUCAACUUGCAAGGCCUGUUGCAUCAGGACGGUGGUAUAAUGGUGAACAAUCCAACCGCGGUCGGUUUACACGAAGCGAAACUACUCUUCGGUGCGAACUCACUCAAAAACGCAACAGUUAUUUCGGUGGGAACAGGACAAGCUCUGAACAAACAUUUAGACUAUCAACUGUUAAGUAAAGGAUUGGCGAAAGACGCUACGGGUACCAGUUGGAAGGAUAAAUUUAAUAAGAUUCUGGAUUCUGCAACGGAUACUGAAGGUGUGCAUCUGGCAUUAAACGAUUUACUUCCACCGGGCAGUUAUUACCGUUUCAACCCGCCCUUACAUGAAGAAUGCGCUAUGGAUGAAAUAAACCCCGAAAAACUAAAAAACAUGACAACAGACACAUACGCAUACAUGCGAAGGAAUCAACACAAAUUCGAACAAGCGGCAGCCAUGUUGGUUCGAAAAAGGACAAUGGCGCAGAAAAUUCUAGACUUUGUUGAACACAGGAGCCAAAUUAUGGGCAUAAUUCCUGCGAAUUAUUGACAAUUAGAAGAUCAGCAAGAUGCCACUUGCUGAUUGGUCGAUUUUGCAGCUCAUUAUACUGUGUAGUUGCUCAGUAUACUGUGUAGUUGCGCAGUAUACUGUAUAGUUGAACGAUAUACUGUGUAUUUGCUCAGUAUACUAUGUAGUUGCGCAGUAUGCUGUGUAGUUAUACAGUGUCUAAAAUUGUGGACUUAUCCAAAUAAUGUCUGAGUACAUUAUGAAGUGAUUUUGUGGGAAUAAAGAUUGACAUUUUAUGAAGAAUAAGUGUUUCAAGAAUUUCGAUAGAUUAAAUCUUUUGAUUCGAUUCGCAUACAUUCUAUGCACGAGCCAUUUAGUUGGUUGAUUUAUAAAAAAUAUGUGUAGUAAUAUGGACAGAAAAAUUGAGAAGUCAAGGCCAUAAUACAUAUAAAGUAAUAUAUAGAUUUAAUCAAAGAAAAAUAUUCUUUUCUUCUGUGCAGUUGAAUGUUUAAAAAAUAAUGUAUUUGCGGGUUUAUCGCUUUUUAGAUAGUUUUAAAGCUAUUUAAUAUGCUGAGAACUUAAAUAUUACAAACAGCAUUUUCUGAAUUACUGCUAUUAGUUUAGCGAUUUCUCUUCAAGCUUUUCAUAAAAAUUAACAUAAUGCUAAUUUAUCUGUCAUUAAAAUAUUACUUAAAUUCAAAAUUAUUUCUGCUUUUCAAUUGGAAAUAUUCAAAAAUAGAACAGUUUUUAAACAUUUGAGCUAGUCACUGUUUGAAAAUAGAAUUUUAUGUUGUGUGUUGGAGUAUUGAUUUAGAAAAUGGAAUUCUCAUUUCAUUCCAUUAUUUAAAUUAUUCUAGCACAUUCCAAUUUACAUUUUUUUUAUUAU